AUGUUCACUGGAGGCGAAAUGUCUCAAUCAACAUUUACGGGUCCUGGUGAAGUUUUGCUUGCACCAUCUAUUUGGGGUGAUAUAGUGCCUAUUCAAUUGGAUGGUAGCAUUGAAUGGAAUGUUGGUAAAGGUGGCUUUUUAGCAAUGACUGAUGGUGUAGUAAAAGAAACAAAAUCUCAAGGAUUAGGCAAAGGAUUGUUUUCAGGCGAAGGUUUCUUCACCAAUCGAGUAUCUGGUGUAGGUGUUCUUUUUGUCACAUCACUUGGUGCGAUAGUACAACGAAAUUUGAAACAAGGAGAACAAUGGAUUGUUGAUAACGGACAUUUAGUAGCAUGGACUUGUCCAUAUACAAUUGAAAGAUCAGGUGGUGGUUUUAUAAGUGGAAGACAUGCCGAUGAAGGACUUGUUUGUCGAUUUACAGGUCCAGGAACCAUAUUAAUUCAAGUAAGUUAUUUUUUUAUCAUUGGUUGA